AUGAAACGCUACGUUUCAUUCAUUAAUAGUCACAUUGGGUUUCUUGAUGAAAAAUUUGGUGAAGCUCUUGGGGCCAUCUCAAGUGCCUGGAGACUUGAGAAAGAUCCAAAUCCUUCUCUAAGGAGGAUUCAAGGUCUACUACGAUGGUCACUUCUUCAAGCUGAGGAAACUUCUUCAGGAAAUGCUCGACUAGUGAUACUAGGAGGCAGUGAGUGUGAGUAUCCACGUGAAGGGGAGAGCAAUGUUAAGGUUACAUCUGUUGCUCCACGUCUCAGCGCUUUGAGUAUCACAUCCUCCACAGGAUCAUCUUCAACAAGGCCUCUGUGGUAUCUUAGAGAGAAUUUGGUAAUUGGAGAAUUGGAUGGACCAUCAAUUGUGCCCGUGUGUGUGAAAUGGAGCAGCAGCUGCAUGACUUGGAGAAGAAGUGUGAAGACCUAA